AUGCUUUUCAACCGUGCCCUCCUCUACACCACCGUCCUCCUUGCGACGACCGUCUUUGCUGCUCCGACGCCUGCGCGUCGUGAUGCGGUUGCUUUCAGCCCCCUUCAGGCCCGCGGUGGCGACAAGGGCGGUGACAAUGGCGGUCAAGGUGGCGGCGAUAACAGUCAGGGUGGCUCUGGCUCUGGCUCUGGUAGCGGCUCUAGUGAUGCUAGCGCAGCCGGUGGCGCCUCCGCUACUGAUUCCGCCGCUGGCGCUGGCGCGACCGACGCGUCUGGUGCCUCUGGCGGUAGCUCGUCUUCUGGCGGCGCGUCUUCCGGUGGCGCAUCUUCGGGCAGCGCUUCCUCCGGUGGUGCGUCCUCUGGCGGCCUCGGCGGUAGUGGUGCCGGAGGUGCAUCAGGUGGUGCUGCCAGCGGCGACGCCCUCGCCCAGAUGUGCGCGGUCGCCGAGCAGAUGGGUCUGAUCGGCAGCGGCGCGGAUGCCUCUGGUGGUGGUGCUGCUGGCGGUGCUGCUGGGGGUGACGCCUCGGGCGCUUCGUCUGGUGGCGCGUCUGGUGCCUCGUCGUCCGGCGGCGCUUCCUCUGGUGACGCCUCUGGCGCAUCGUCUGGCGGAGACGCCUCCGGCGCCUCCUCCGGCCAGCUCCGCCGCACCCUCCUGAGCCGCGGCUUCCUCGACGGCCUCUUCGGCGGUGGCGGGGACUCGGGUGCGGGUGGUGCUGGUGGUGCCGGUGCCUCUGGCGCGGCUGGCGGUGAUGCCUCUAGCGCAGCUGGAGGUGCCUCUGGCGGUGCCGGUUCUGGUGCAGCCGGCGGUGCAGGUGCAGCCGGCGGCUCUGGCGGAGGCGACCUCCUCGACCAGAUGCUCCAGCAACUCCAGCAGGCCUGCUCCCAGGUCGACUCCGGCGCUGCGGCGUCUGGUUCUGGUUCGUCUGGUGCUGGUGGCGCGUCUGCCACCGACUCCGCUGCGGGUGCUGGCGCGACCGAUGCCUCUGGCUCUGGAUCUGCUGGUGGCGCGUCCGGCUCUGCUGAUGGUGCUUCCGGCUCUGGCUCUGCGGGUGGUGCUUCGGGUUCUGCUGGCGGCGCGUCCGGCUCAGGCUCCGGCUCCGACACCAACGGCUCCUCCGGCCUCAGCGGCGGCGACUCGGGCGCGAGCGCGGGUGCCGGCGCGGGCGGUGCCUCCGCGACAGACUCUGCCGCGGGCGCGUCCGCUACUGACGGCAGCUCGGGUGGUGCUUCAUCGUCCGGCGGUGCUUCAUCGUCUGGUGGUGCUUCAUCGUCGGGCUCUGGCUCUGGCUCUGGCUCUGAUUCGGGCGCCUCCGGCUCUGGCUCGCAGUCCGGCGGCGACAGCAAGCUCAAGAGCCGCGUGGCGGGUUACCGACAACCCCCCACCGACGGACCUGCGACUGCUUGCUACGAACGAAUGCUGGACCGCCAGGGAGAGCUGAUCAAGCAGACCAAGGACGUCUUUGAAGCUAAAGUCUUACCCCGCGUCUCUAUGCAGAUUAUCCCCGCGCACCUUCGAGAGGGCCACGUUCGACGCUUGCGACAAGCGUUUUCGGUGGCGCAGGUCGUCGAGGCGUGUCUUCCCGGCGCGCUUGCAAUUUUGCAGAACAAGGAUGAUAUGCUCAAGAUGGUCGCUUUUGAGAGACCCAGAGACUUCGUCAGGCGCACGAUAGCAGCGCGCGGAAGCGAGGAUCUCGAGACGAGCGCGAACAAAGACCUCGAGUCGCGCACGAGCAAGAAACUCGAGUCGCGCACGAGCAAGGAACCCGAGUCGCGCACAAACAAGACGCUUGAGAUGCGCGAGGGUGAAGACCUCGACCCGACGCUGCUCAAGAUAUUCGAAGACAUCGCGAGUUUGCCACUGUCUUCGCAGUCAGCGUCCGGAGAGUAUGGCAGCUCUCGUCCGGCCUUGCGUGAUGUCUUUAUCGAUGACCUAUGA